AUGGUGGCGCGAUCCCCCCUUGUUGACGCUCGCCAUGGUAGAUUCAACGAAGUCUAUGGCCCUCAAAUCAACAAUGAAGUUCAUUGUACUCAAACACAUAACACGACAAUCAACUAUUCCUAUUCUCAGGAUAACGAUAGUUCUGAAUCAGCUACCUUGAAAGAACGCAAGGAACUCGAAAACUGGCUGUCCCCUCUGAAUUUUCGGCAAACACAGAGCGAAGUUCGUGGGGUUUGGCGAGAGGGAACCGGAGGAUGGGUGCUCAAUGAUGAGAGGUUCAAGCGAUGGCAAAAUGGAGACAUGAAAACUCUUUGGUGUCCUGGGUUUCCUGGUGCUGGGAAGACUGUUCUUGCGUCAUACAUCAUUAACCACCUCGAGAAGAACAUAAAGGACAACGCUGCUGUGGUCUACAUUUAUUGCAGCUAUAAAGACCCAAAACAAACAGCUUGUAACCUCGUUGCAAGCCUACUGAAACAGCUUGUACAAGAUUUCCCCAUUACGUUCCCGCGCAUCAAAGAAGAAUUC